AUGAAUACUGCUAGUACCGUAGCCACUAACGCAUUUGAGGCAUACAACAGCACUGAUCGUACUAUGCAACGGCAAGCGCAAACGCACUACCAACAGCAGCAGCACCCUUUUUUAAAUCAAGAGCAACUGUACGGUUCUAACCGUCAAUCAGGUGCGAUGUGGGAAAGACAGCAUCAGGGGUCAUACAACAUUUCUUCUAGCAAUGACUGCACGCCCAUGUCUCAGUAUAUGCGUGAUAAAUACCACUCACUCUCGACUAGCACAUCUGCCCAAAAUUACACUCGAAACAUCAACACUGAAGAUGAGCCUCCAUUGUCUGUAGGCAGUGCAGCAGAAUUCUCUAAAAUGACAGCAAACAACAAAUAUGGGAAUAAUUCUUCUCUUGAAGAUAAUGGCUAUCUGAAUUUGAUGAACGAAAAGUCUAGUAACACAACGAUUUACGCAGAGGACGAGUGUCAAGACCAACAUGAGCGAAACAAGGACACGGAUCAAGACGAUACGCAUGGAGAGGAGAGAUUGACAUGUCCCAAAGAAAAUGUUGUAGAGAGGAAGAGAUACAGAAGAGAAUCACAUAAUGCAGUCGAGAGAAGAAGACGAAACAACAUCAAUGAUAACAUCAGGAGCCUAGGCUUGCUCUUGCCCGAAUAUAUGUGUCAAGGUAAACUGAAUAAAGGUACUAUAUUACAAGGCUCAGUGAUGUAUGUACACAUGCUGAACGACCAGCUGUCCAAGUACAAGGCAAGACUGGAGGAUCUCAAAUAUGAAGCAGCUGCCCUGAAUCCUUCGCUGUUGCAUUCAGCCACCUCAGCAAAGUACAGCCAUCCGGCUCAGAACCAGCAAAUGUAA